AUGGGAAACGCUCUCAGUAUUAUAACCGGUAGAAGGCAGCUAUCAGAUGAAGAGACCGCGGCACUGAGCUUUUCUUCUUACUUUACGAAAGAGGAGAUAAACUACCUAUACAACGAAUUCGGACGAAUAAACGGAAAUUUUUCGCAAAUUUCGAAAAGAACAAUUUGGAGGCAAAACAUCAACUAUCUUUUUUCGGAAGAAAAUGAGGAUAAUCUUGAAAGGCCGAAGAAGUAUUUGAAGGACAAGGAAGAUGAAAACAUGGAAAAGAAAGACCCCGAAGAAAUGUAUCUGAAUCGAACAAGUCGAUUGAACAAAACAGAUUUCGUCGACCGGCUGAGCGACAGAAUGGACAUGAGCGGGCAUGGAAAUCUCGACGUUUCCGAUCAUAUUCGUUGGUCGUCGAUUUUGACCAGAGGAAAUGUCGAGCAACGCCUUGCUUGUCUCUUCGCCAUUUACGAUCGAGGUGAUGGAUUCACCGACAAAACGACCAUCGAAAGCGUCCGAAAAUCCUUCGCGGAAAUGAUCGGAAAAGACGGUGGUAUGCCAUCGUGCGUCCUGGACGACAUGUUAAGGGAUUCACCAAGAAAAUUGAUUUCAAGAGACUUUUUUGUCGCCUAUCUUUCAGCCGACAAGAAAAUCUGCCAAAACUUGACCGCCCUUGAUAAUCUCCUGAUCCCUAAGACCCUUACUGAUAUAGACACAAAAAUGUAG